GAUCUGAUUCCUGAUCCCUGAUUCCUUGAUCCUUGGUCCCGCCAUGGGAGCCUAAGCGCCCCGCAUUCCCCCCGGCCCCCUGCCCCUGGGGCCCUGAGGGGGAAGAGACUGCGAUCUGGGACGGAGAGGGGGCGACCAGACUCAGGAGCCCCCCUCUACACCCCCCAUCGUCCGCGCUGCCCGUCCGGGAGCGCGGAGUUCGUAGCGACCCGGAACGCUGCGGAUACAAAGGCGCCGGACCGAGUGGGGCGCCGGCGGAGCCCACCCGGCAGUUCGCAGCGGCUGGACGGCCGCUUGAUUUUCUCUGAGACCAGCCCACCCGUCCAGCAAAAUAGAGUCCCUCAGGGUGACGGUUGAUUUUCUAAAGGUGCCCCUUGGCCUGAAGAAGUCGGUGCUAAAGGAGGUGGCAGUGGGGCCCCCCAAAAGGCCCCAGCCUGUGGCCCUGGAGCGCUACAAGGCGCGGCGUUCAGACGCCAUGGACACCGAGUCCCAGUACUCAGGGUAUUCCUACAAGUCGGGCCACUCCCGCAGCUCCCGCAAGCACAGGGACCGUCGGGACCGACACCGCUCUAAGAGCCGAGACGGGAGCCGUGGGGACAAGUCGGUGACGAUCCAGGCUCCAGGGGAGCCCCUGCUGGACAAUGAGUCCACGAGAGGGGAUGAGCGGGACGACAACUGGGGGGAGACGACCACAGUAGUAACGGGCACCUCGGAGCACAGCAUCUCCCAUGAUGACCUCACGCGCAUCGCCAAGGACAUGGAGGACAGCGUCCCGCUGGACUGCUCCCGGCACCUGGGCGUGGCGGCGGGGGCCACGCUGGCCCUGCUGUCUUUCCUCACGCCGCUGGCUUUCCUGCUGCUGCCCCCACUGCUGUGGCGGGAGGAGCUGGAGCCGUGCGGGACGGCCUGCGAGGGCCUCUUCAUCUCCGUGGCCUUCAAGCUGCUCAUCCUGCUGUUGGGCAGCUGGGCCCUGUUCUUCCGCCGGCCCAAGGCCUCUCUGCCCCGUGUCUUCGUGCUGCGUGCCCUGCUCAUGGUACUCGUCUUCCUGCUCGUCGUCUCCUACUGGCUCUUCUACGGCGUGCGCAUCCUGGACGCCCGCGAGCGCAGCUACCAGGGCGUGGUGCAGUUUGCCGUGUCGCUGGUAGAUGCCCUGCUCUUCGUGCACUACCUGGCUGUGGUCCUCCUGGAGCUGCGCCAGCUCCAGCCUCAGUUCACGCUCAAGGUUGUGCGCUCCACCGACGGGGCCAGCCGCUUCUACAACGUGGGCCAUCUCAGCAUCCAGCGCGUGGCAGUGUGGAUCCUGGAGAAGUAUUACCAUGACUUCCCUGUCUACAACCCUGCCCUCCUCAACCUGCCCAAGUCCGUCCUGGCCAAGAAAGUGUCUGGCUUCAAGGUGUAUUCCCUCGGAGAGGAAAACAGCACCAACAACUCCACGGGCCAGUCCCGGGCUGUGAUUGCAGCAGCGGCCCGGAGGCGGGACAACAGCCACAACGAGUACUACUACGAGGAGGCCGAGCAUGAGCGGAGGGUGCGCAAGAGGAGGGCCAGGCUUGUGGUGGCCGUGGAGGAGGCCUUCACUCACAUUAAGCGGCUGCAGGAAGAGGAGCAGAAGAACCCCAGGGAGGUGAUGGACCCACGGGAGGCAGCCCAGGCCAUCUUCGCAUCCAUGGCCCGUGCCAUGCAGAAGUAUCUUCGCACCACCAAGCAGCAGCCUUACCACACCAUGGAGAGCAUCCUGCAGCACCUUGAGUUCUGCAUCACUCACGACAUGACACCCAAGGCCUUCCUGGAGCGGUACCUGGCGGCUGGACCCACCAUCCAGUACCACAAGGAACGCUGGCUGGCCAAACAGUGGACACUGGUGAGCGAGGAGCCGGUGACCAACGGGCUCAAGGAUGGCAUCGUUUUCCUCUUGAAACGCCAGGACUUCAGCCUAGUGGUCAGCACCAAGAAGGUCCCAUUCUUCAAACUCUCCGAGGAAUUUGUGGACCCCAAGUCGCACAAGUUUGUCAUGAGGCUGCAGUCUGAGACCUCGGUGUGA